AAGACCUCUUUAUAUUUUAGACCACAUAUAAUAAAGACAACCCACCCCAUAAGACCUCCCCGAUGCUCCGGCCAAAUUCCUUCCAUAUAAUCCCGACAAACUUUCAUAUAUCAAACAUCAAAUUAAUUAGUUUUAACCACUAGGAUUUCGAGAAAUUGCCUUUGUACAGAGCAUUUUAAAAAAGUACUAGAGUCAAUGAUUUCACAAAAUUUAUAUUUUUCUUAAUGUUAUUUUUGGGUCCUGUGACUUUCGACCUCUUUACUCUUCAUCUCAAAGUUAUAUAUGGAAGAAAUGGAAGUUAGGAAAAUAGUUGUGGUUGUAGAAGAUGUUGAAGUUGCAAGAACAGCUCUUUUAUGGGCACUUCAUAACGUUCUUCGUUACGGGGAUUUAGUGACUCUACUUCAUGUUUUUCAUGUGAGUUCCACAACCGGUAGCAAAUCACGUAAUAAAAAGAAAACUCGAUUGUUAAGGUUGAAAGGUUUUCAGUUGGCACUUUCGUUUAAGGAUAUAUGUCUUCAGAGUUUUCCUAAUACGAAGAUAGAUAUCGUUGUGACGGAAGGUGAUGAAGAUGGUGGAAGGAUGACGGAUUUGGUUAGGCAGAUUGGGGCUUCAACUUUGGUAGUUGGUUUACAUGAUCAAAGUUUUCUCUACAGGUUAGCAAUGGCCCACAAGAACAUUUCACACAACUUUAAUUGCAAAGUUCUGGCCAUCAAACAACCUACUUCACCACUAACAUUGAGAAGUAGACCCACAUUGUCAGAUAGCUCAACUAGCAUGGACUUUUCUCAGAUUGAUAUUUCCACAUUGAGUGUACCUGAAGUUCCUCCACCCAAAAUCCCAUAUCAAGUAUGUCCAGAUCCAUCUGCAAUUAUAUGGAGAUCAAGGAGAAGAAGAAAACAAUGAACAUUGACUGGUCUGGUUCGGGUAUAGUGUUCUAGAGUGAAAAUGAUGGACAAAAUUCAGUUUAAUUAGUUUGCAUUCAAGUACCACAUGGGUCAGUUCUUUUUCAAGUUCAUACAACACCACACACCAAAAUGUGGAAAUUAAUUAACACAAGAUUACUCUUCAUAAUCACAAAGUUUCCUCCUGCUUACCGGCUAA